AAAGAGGGGCCUGAAAUGCACAGCAGACUUGCGGAUCGUUUGAAAGAGGUACAGCAGAUCCGUGAGCAGCAUCCAAGCAAAAUCCCGGUCAUCAUUGAAAGAUACAAGGGGGAGAAGCAGCUGCCUGUGCUGGAUAAGACCAAAUUUCUAGUCCCUGACCACGUGAAUAUGAGCGAAUUGGUAAAAAUUAUCCGGCGCCGCCUGCAGCUGAACCCUACCCAGGCCUUCUUCCUGCUGGUGAACCAGCACAGCAUGGUGAGCGUCUCCACCCCCAUCUCGGAGAUCUACGAGCAGGAGAAGGACGAGGACGGCUUCCUCUACAUGGUCUAUGCCUCGCAGGAGACCUUCGGCUACUGAGACGGGCGCAUGGCACGCGGGGACAGACUGAAACUGCACACGGGCCCCACCCCCUGCCCUGGGAAGAUGAUGUGGCUAGAGGCUCACAGCACAAGGAUCCAUGCAGCCCAUCCCCACCCCCAUAAAGGCAGAGCCAAAGCUAGUGUGGUGUGUGAGACUCACACCUCCCUCCCUUUGUGUAAUUGUCCCUACGCAGAGCACUAGGUCCCUCGCCUCCCCAUCCCACCUCCUCAGCAGUAACUUCAGCUGCUCUCAUUGUAGUGUGUGCGUGUGCGUGUGUUCUUUGCCAGGUCGGCCCGGGCUGGUGGGGGGCAGUUCAAGGAGGGGGCAUCUCUUUGACCAGUACUGCGGGCCAGGGCCUGACUCUAAUUAAGGGCAGGAAGUCUGCAAAACAAAAAACAAGCCAACAAACAAAAUCAUUGCUCUUGAGUUUUAAUUGAUUUUAAUUACACGCAUAUCAAAUUCUUGGUGCUACCGAGUAGGUGUAGGUGUCUCUAGGACUGUGGAUAAUGUAUAUCCGUUAGAUUUAUUUUAUUAUUAUUGGUUUUUAUUUUUAAUGGGGGGAUAAUUUGCCUGUAUUCUGUAGAUAAAUAAACUGAGCUUCUUUGCACUUUAAAAUGUAGCAGUGGAAUUAGCCUAAUUUAUCCAGCUCUGACACACAGCACUGCUUCUCUGGCAACUUUGGACCUUGAUUUCCUUUGUUCUCUUUUUUUUUUUUUGGUUUGUUUUUAAAACCAGUUCCAGGCUCCCCUCACCUCUCUGCAUUGCAUGUGGUGUUUUGGUCCUAUUGUGGCAGAGACUCUACUUGAGAAAUGUACUGAUCUACAUUUCCCCUUUUUCAUGUACUAUACCAAAAAGAUGUAUAUGAAAAAACCCGACCCAGUGAAAUCUAUAGAGAAAUCGAUACAUAUACCUACAAAUAAAUAUGGAUUCAAGUCA